CAUACCCACAUUUCAAGCAGGACGGAGAACGCAGGUAUAGUUGAAAGAUGUCCAAAGGAUAAAUUAGUUUGAUUGAAAAAGAUUAGUGCCCCUAUCUUUGAGGAGGAGUUGAAUCGAAGCCACGGUCGCGCGUCGCAGAGAUUUAUGCCCCUAUCCGGUCCCCCACUGUUCACGGCCACGUCCACCACGCCCCAUCGUCUCCAAAUCUCCAUUGUGAGUCUUAAAGCUUAAAGGUGGAGAAGGUAAAAUCCAUCCAAAGCGCGACACACUGUCGAAAGAAAAAGUCCCCAACGCACUUCCUUCCGGGCUCCCUGUCGAAAGAAAAAGUCCCCAAAUCAAAGUUGUAAAGGUGAAAGGGGAUCCCACUGUCUCUUUCCCCGCUCCCACCGCAGGGUGACCCAGAAGAGCUAGAAGGGGAUUAGAAUAAGAACCCGCAAAAGAAGAAAAGUAGGGGAUAGAGAGAGAGAGAGAGAGAGAGAGAGAGUAAACCCUAGUCGAUGGGCAUCUCUAGAGCCCAACACCACCACCGCCACCGCCACUCUUCCUCUCCUCCCCGAAUCUCCAGAACCCCAUUCCCACUCGUUACCAUAACCUUAACGAUUCUCCUCCCCGCCGUGGCGGGUGACCUCUGCACCCUGGUCUAUAAGGGCUGCGCCAACCAGACCCUCUCCGGCAGCGGGGCAGCCUACAUGCAACCCCUCGCCGCCCUUUCCUCCGCACUCACCGCGCGAGCUGCCGCUGCCAAGUUCUACAAAACCACCACCUCCUCGGCCGUCGGUGGCCAGCCCCUCUUCGGUCUCUUUCAAUGCCGCGGAGACCUCUCCCCCUCCGACUGCUCCGCCUGCGUCGGCUGCGUGCUCCCCAUGUGGACGUCCCUCUGUGGCCCCGCCGCCGCUGCCCGUGUCCAGCUUAACGGGUGCUACGCCCUGUACCAGGUUUCCGGCUUCCCGCAGGUCUCCGGCACCCAGAUGCUCUACAAGGCAUGCGGCUCCGGCGGCGGCGGCGGCGGCUUCGAGGUGAAGCGCGACACGGCCUUCGCCCAGCUCCAGAGCGGCGUCGCCGGCGGCCAGGGGUUCUACGCCACCAGCUACGCCUCCGUCUACGCCGUGGCGCAGUGCGAGGGCGACCUCUACGCCGGCGACUGCAGCGAGUGCAUCGCCCAGGCGGUCCAAAAGUCUGAAGUGGAAUGCGGCGGCGCCGCCUCCGGCCAAGUCUACCUCGACAAAUGCUACAUCAGCUACAGCUAUUACGCCAAUGGCGUUCCCCACGGAGGCGGCGGAGGAGGCGGAGUCGGCGGCGGCGGCGGCGGAGGGGGUAAAUGCUGCCUUCAUUCCCUUGCAUUUCUUUUGUUUGAUUUGUGGUUAAAAGCUGCUUUCUUUAUUCCCUUUGGAUUUGGUUAUUAUAUGAUUCCAAGCUUAGCUUUUCUUGUAAAGCUUGUAAUGGAUUCAACGUCACAUUCCAUUCGACUACUUUCUUACUGCAUUCUUUCCAUUUUUCAUCUUAUAUUUGGAUAAACUUGGAGAUUAUUUACUAUUCAACUCUUGUGGUGUUAAGAAGUUGCUUACAUAUUUUCUUCUUUGUUCUUUUCCUUUUUACGAGAUAAAGAGGUAGAAAUGCCUUUUUUUUGUAAAAGCAUUCACUUCUUAGUCUUAAUACUUUCUUUUCUCAUCUAUCAUAGACAUGGUAAUUAAUCGAAUGGUGUUGGGUAUCAAUCAGGGCAAACAGAGAAAACAGUGGCCAUAGUGGUGGGAGGGGCAGCAGGGGUUGGAUUCUUGGUGAUCUGCUUGCUGUUUGCCAGGAGUGUAAUGAAGAAGAAGGAUGAUUUUUGAGGACUGGUGGUGGCAGGAAAGCAACAGAGGAGUAAUUGUUGGGAAUUUGGCUAUGGAGAGGGGAAGAUGUCCUUGUGAAACAUUGGGCUUCAGGGACAGGAGGGAUGGAGUGGAUGUUUGUCCCUUUGGUAAGAGUUGAUGGAAUGCUGAAGAGACCCGCCCUCCCUUUGGCUGUUUCCUUUCUUCGCAUGGGUGUCAUCCACCAUGUGAGGGAGAGAAUAAUGUGUCGGAUCCGAUCUGCGCUGACUCCCUGUAAGGAGAUGCUCUUUGUUUCAUCAUCAUCAUUAUGUACAUCUGCCUCUGGGUUGGGAGGGAUGUAACCCUAUACAGAUUCAAGGGAAUAUUCUCGACAGAAAACAUAGGCUGGAUAACCUUCAGUUCUUCGGUUCUCUCCCACUGCUUGUUUGCUCCGUCCCAGAGAGAUGGGCCUUUGUGUGAUCUGUUUACUGGAGAUCAGUGACUAUUAUAUAUGCUCUUUUGGAACUUGAACUGCACCGUCUAGGUAAGUCACUUUGCAUGAGUUUUAACUUCUUAAAUUGUAGAUUGAUGAUUGCAAUUAGACGAUGCCAGCAUUUGGAUUCCUGCACUAUUUAUGUUUUGUUUGAUA